AAGUUCCAUAUUGCUAGAAGACCUUAAGAUCGUGAUCUGGCUACCGUGUUUGCUGUGCCUACCGCAAAGUUUCAGAUCAAGUGUGCUCAAGGACCUGUCUGACUAAGUCAACAUGUUUGGUGUGCGCUCUUGUUUGGUUGCAAGCAUCGCGGCGCUUGCAUUGGCAUGCGAAGAUUUGAACGGUUUCGCUGAGAAAGCAUAUGCUGCAUCGCUGUGGGGCGGUUCCAUUGGCGGUAUCGUAGUGGGAAUCCUGGUGAUCAUCUUUGUCUCACUGCCUUUGUGCUGUGGUGUCUUGAAGCAGUACGGCAAGGUGAUCGGUGCCAUUGGGAUUGUGAUGGGACUGCUGGCUUUGAUCAUUCCGCUCUUUGGAGCACUGGGCUCGUGCGUGCCCUUCGUGGAUGCAGCAUGCAACGAUGCUUGCACUCCGUGCACAGAUGAGGAAAAGAAGGUCUGGGCCAGUGCUUGCCAAGCACUUGGCAUCAUCUUCGUCUACUUGGUGGUGUUCGGUUGGGCAGCCUGUGUCCUGGGCAUUGUCGGAGCCAGCAUGGCUUGCUGUGUUUGCUGCCAGUGCUGCAAAGCCAAGCUGGACGAAGAACCACAAGGACCGGUGUCCUGGACUGUGGAACAGAACAUCCUGCUUCCAGUUGGCACCACCAGCAAUGAAAGCUUGCAUGCGGAGAUCAACGGAUGGUUUCGGCAGACGCAAAACCUACACCCUGCGACGCUGAAACUGAAGCUGAGCAUCCUUACCCUUUCAAAGCUGUUGGCGCACAAUUCUGCCCUGUAUUCACCAACGGCCAGACAGAUGCUCAGCAGCCAUGUCUUGGCGCGUAGAAUUGGUUGCGGGCUUUGGGCGCCGGAGGAAUGGGUAGCAUGGGCAGGAAGGAACAAAGCAGAGCUUCCCAUGGAGAAAGCUCGGCAAAAAGAGGCGCAACGCCUCAAGCAAUUUCGGGCCAAACGCCCUGCCGCGGCCAGAAAGCGCCCAGCUGCAAAAGGCCACAGGACCCCGUUCAACCUAACGAGGUCAAAGGGCAUCCAGAGGGCUGGCGUGCACAGUCGCCCGUAUCUUUCCAAAGAGAAGUAA